AUGAUCUCUGUUUUUUGGGGGAUCUUUGAGGGCGGUAAAUAUCUGUCUUCAUCUGUACCACCCGGCACCAGCUGUACUACUUGUCCUUCCUUUCCUAUUUCUUCGUUGUCAUCUUCAUUCCUAUCCUCCACUCGACGCCUUCAACUGGCCGUACUGCUGAUCAACCGUGGUGCCAGUGUCACUGAGCGUAGCCUUAGCGGUCAGACGCCAAUGCAUUUGGCAGCACAGCACGGCCUCGUAGAGUUGGUCGCUUGUCUUGCGCAGCAAGGCGCUCGUGUAAAUGCCACUGAUGCUCAAGGCUUAUCGCCGCUCCACCUAGCCUCUCAACAUGGCCAUGUCGGGGUAGUCCGUCUUCUGCUCCAUCGCCUUGGCGCCGACCCUGACCUUCGUGCGCAUACUAAUGGCUUGCUUGCUAUCCAGAUGGCCAGUAACGAAGCC